UUUAUUGUUCCUUGUCCUUCGCUGAAUCAUUCAAUCAUCAAGAGUACUAGUACCAUGGAAAGUGGCAGCUCUUCUCGUGACAAGAAAUCAGAUGGGAUAUUGGAGGUUGCAAAUGGCAGUGACUUUGAAGUUCAUGUCUUUCAAUCAUCAUCUGAGUUGGUUGCAAAACUCCAAGAGAAAUGGAGCUCAGUUGAAAAGCAACCUUACCCUGCCAUGUACUCGAGCGUUUUUGGUGGCAUCAUUCUAGAUCCAGCUCUGAUGGUCAUUCCAAUAGACGAUCACAUGGUUCAUCGAGGCCACGGUGUGUUUGACACUGCGGUUUUGUUCGAUGGAUACCUCUAUGAACUUGAUGCCCAUCUUGAUCGUUUCCUUAGAUCAGCUGCAAAAGCAAAGAUCCCUUCUCCUUUCCCUCGAUCAACUCUCCGGAGCAUUCUCGUGCAACUGACAGCAGCAUCGGGUUGUAAGAGAGGAACUUUAAGAUAUUGGUUGAGUGCAGGCCCGGGAAACUUCUUGCUCUCUCCUGCAAAAUGCCCAACCUCUGCAUUUUAUGCAGUGGUCAUUGGUGAAGACAUUUCCCAGUGCAAGGAAGGGGUUAAGGUGAUAACAUCGAGCGUGCCAAUGAAGGCACCGCAGUUUGCAACGAUGAAGAAUGUGAACUACCUCCCAAAUGUUCUUUCGGUAAUGGAAGCUGAAGAGAAAGGAGCAGUCGCGUCUAUUUGGGUCGAUGAGGAAGGUUAUGUCGCGGAAGGUCCAAAUGUGAAUGUUGCUUUUAUUACACGUGAGAAGGAGCUCAUAGUGCCCUUCUUCGAUAAGAUCCUCAGUGGCUGCACUGUCAAACGACUUCUUGAACUAGCUCCCAAGUUGGUUGAGGAAGGGCGUCUACAAGACGUCAAACUUGCAAACGUAACAGUGGAAGAAGCCAAAAGUGCUGCUGAAAUGAUGUAUGUAGGAAGCACACUGCCUGUGCUGCCAAUAAUCAUGUGGGAUGACCAACCAAUUAGAGAUGGAAGAGUGGGAGAAUUGACAAUGGAGCUGUCAAAUCUGCUUUGGGAUGAUAUGGUGGCCGGCCCUGGAACACAGAGGAUACCUGUGCCUUACAAGGCAUGAAAAAUUAGCUGAUCAAAAUAAGGUGCUUGAAUGAUCAGCUGAUCAUCUUACAUUAGCUGUGUGAUUUAGUUUAAUAUUCUUCUUGCUGUUUGUUCAAGCAAAAAUGUUCUCAGCGUUUCAUCUUUGGUAUCUUUGUUCAUGACUAGAAAUAAAUUGCUCAUUAUGAAAAAUCUUUGGA